CCCUCCUUUAUUCAUUCAGCAAACAGGACCGAUUUAUUUCUUCAAUUUUCACAUUUAUAUGCAACAUUUAACACACAAUGGCGACCAAACGCAAAGUAGAAGUGAUUGUUCCCGCAGAGGAGAGUGACCAGCUCCUCAUUCGCCCACUGGGUGCUGGUCAGGAGGUUGGGAGGUCAUGCAUUAUCCUGGAGUUCAAAGGAAGGAAAAUUAUGCUAGACUGUGGUAUCCACCCUGGCUUGGAGGGAAUGGAUGCUCUUCCCUACAUAGACUUGAUUGACCCAGCUGAGAUAGACCUGCUGCUCAUCAGCCAUUUCCAUUUGGAUCACUGUGGAGCUCUGCCUUGGUUCCUCCUCCAGAAAACCAGCUUCAAAGGCAGGACCUUCAUGACCCACGCCACUAAGGCUAUCUACCGCUGGCUGCUGUCGGACUACGUCAAAGUCAGCAACAUUUCUGCAGAUGACAUGCUGUACUCUGAAACUGAUCUGGAGGAGAGCAUGGAUAAGAUUGAGACCAUCAACUUCCACGAGGUGAAGGAGGUGGCUGGAAUCAAGUUCUGGUGUUACCACGCUGGUCAUGUGCUGGGAGCUGCCAUGUUCAUGAUUGAAAUAGCUGGAGUCAAGCUGUUGUACACAGGUGACUUCUCCCGACAGGAAGACAGACAUCUGAUGGCAGCUGAGAUCCCCAGUGUCAAACCUGACAUCUUAAUCAUAGAGUCGACCUACGGCACCCACAUCCACGAGAAGAGGGAGGAGCGUGAAGCUCGGUUCUGUAACACAGUCCAUGACAUUGUCAACAGAGAAGGCCGCUGUUUAAUUCCUGUGUUCGCUCUGGGGCGGGCCCAGGAACUGCUGCUUAUCCUGGAUGAGUACUGGCAGAACCACCCAGAGCUCCAUGACAUCCCCAUCUACUACGCCUCAUCGCUGGCCAAGAAGUGCAUGGCUGUGUACCAGACCUACGUCAACGCAAUGAACGACAAAAUCCGCAAGGCCAUCAACAUCAACAACCCUUUUGUCUUCAAGCACAUCAGCAACCUCAAGAGCAUGGAUCACUUUGAUGACAUUGGUCCCAGUGUGGUGAUGGCGUCUCCAGGUAUGAUGCAAAGCGGCCUCUCUAGAGAGCUUUUUGAGAGCUGGUGCACUGAUAAGAGAAACGGAGUCAUCAUCGCUGGAUACUGUGUGGAGGGCACACUUGCCAAGCACAUCAUGUCUGAGCCAGAGGAGAUCCCCACCAUGUCAGGGCAGAAGCUGCAGCUGAAGAUGUCAGUGGACUACAUAUCUUUCUCUGCCCACACGGACUACCAGCAGACCAGCGAGUUCAUCAGGGCCCUCAAACCACCACAUGUUAUCCUGGUCCACGGGGAGCAGAAUGAGAUGGCCCGUCUGAAGGCUGCGCUGAUCAGGGAGUACGAGGAUAACGAUCAGGUUCACAUCGAAGUCCACAACCCUCGCAACACAGAAGCUGUCACACUCAACUUCAGGGGAGAAAAACUGGCCAAGGUGAUGGGCUCUCUGGCUGAUAAGAAGUGUGCUCAGGGCGAGAGGGUGUCAGGCAUACUGGUGAAAAAGAACUUCAACUACCACAUCCUCAAUCCCUCCGAUCUUUCCACGUACACAGAACUCGCCAUGAGCACAGUGAAGCAGACCCAGGCCAUCCCCUUCACUGGACCUUACUCUCUGCUCGUCUGCCAUCUGAGGAACCUCACCGGUGAUGUGGAAGAGCUGGAAGGAACCGAAAAGAACACCUUGAGGAUUUUUAAAAACAUCUCUCUGACCCACGAGGUCGGCAUGGUGCUGCUGGAGUGGCUCGCAAACCCUCUCAAUGACAUGUAUGCUGACGCCGUCACCACCGUAGUGCUGGAGGUCCAGUCAAACCCAAAAGCUCAGAAAGCCAUGGAGACCCAGAGUGUUGUUAUGGACAUGGACAUCUUCCAAACGCGACUAGCAGUUAUGUUGCAGGACAUGUUUGGGGAGGAAUGUGUGGAUUUCAGCGACAGUAAAAACAUCUCCGUGACCGUAGAUGGGAAGACGGUUCUUAUCUGCUUGGAAACGAGGUCGGUGUGCUACGAGGAUGAAUGCACAGAGGACGACUCCCUGAGAGAGAUGGUGGAGCUGGCAGUGCAGCGGCUCUAUGACGCCCUAAACCCGGUCAUCUGA